AUGGCCCACAAGCGCAUCACCAACGCCAUCUCCCGCACCCUCAACUCCCGCAUCUCCAAGACACACAUAACUCACCGAAACCUCCAUCUCGAUCGCGAGCCACAUCCGGCAGUACGAACAGCAAAAAAGCGGGACAAGACACCUCGCCGAAUAGACAUCCAACCCCCUCCCCUCACCGGCUCAAGCUCGAUGCACAAACCCUUCGAUGUUCGCUUCGCGCGACACAAGUCCACAUGGCGGUCCAUAGCACAUGGCUUUGUGGAGCAGCAACAAGAGAAGUCGAGGAAUGUGGAGGAAGACGAGAUGGAGUGUGAAUACGAUACUAUGGACCAACUGGCCGCGUUCGAAGUGAGCGGUGGGGUGUUUGGUAGUCCGCCUACCUCUGCCGCGUCGUCGCCCUCGUCGUCUCCAAGUAGUGAUACAUCUGGAAGCUGGGCUGCGUCUUGGGGUACCGCGUCGACCUUCAGUGCGAGUGCGCUCGCCAGUUCGAUGGUGUCACAGCCCAGCACGACGUCCUUCAGUGCUGCUACAAGCAGCUCAAGCGCGGGCAACAGCGGUAUGUCCUCUCCAGAGAUCGACAUGAUCGAUGCUUCCGACGAGUGUGAAAGCCAUGUCGCCGCCGCGCCCACACCUCCCAUACCCACACCACCAUCCUCACAGCCGCCACAGCCCGUGACCACGGCCCCCAUCGCCAAGGUCAACCCACCCCUAUUCCCAGGCUUAGGCUCCUUACCAUCCAAACCCCUACCAACCGAAAAGGCGACAAUGAUAGCCAAACUCCCCUCAAAACCACGCCCCACCCCUCCCCAACUACCCCCCAAAUCCGCAUCCAAACCCGACGUCGAACUAGGCAUGGGUUCUUUCUCCCCUUCAAAAAUAACCUCCUCCUCCACCCUCGUCUCCGCCUUCUGCAACCCCCAUUUCAAGACCUUCUUCGCCUCCGAAAUGGUCUCUCUUCAAACCCAUCUGCAAUCCAACAAGGAAGUUCGAGGCUCCCACCUCGUCUAUCUUAACAGGUCGCUGAAGUGGGUCAUCGACGCCGCGGAGGCGAAGUGGUUUAAUCCCGACAUUGACUUUGAGAGCGAUGAUGUGGCGGAUUGGAGGGGGAAACUGAAUGUUUUUAUGGAGGUUUUGGGGGGUGAGGUGGAGGGGGUGGCGAAGGAUACGAAGGAGAGGAUUGAGAAGGUGUUUGCGUUGUUUGCUGAUGAGGAGGGGGUUAAUGGGGGGUUUGGGGUGGAGGUGGCGGCUUGA